AAAUCACAGCUUACCUGGACUAUGCUCCCACAAGGAUUUAAGAAUAGUCCCACAAUAUUUGGGAAUCAAUUGGCCAAGGACUUGGAGCAGUGGGAACGUCCAUCCAACAAAGAGAUAUUGUUACAGUAUAUGGAUGAUUUUUUAAUAGCUACGAAGACAAAGGGGGCAUGUUUAAAGUGGACAAUUCGUUUGCUAAAUUUCCUUGGGCUUAACAGAUAUCAAGUCUCUCUGCAGAAGGCACAGGUGGCUCAACAGCAAAUGACAUACCUAGGAUACGAGACCGCUGCAGGAAUGAGGACAUUGGGAACAGCCCGGAAGGAGACUACUUGCCAAACCCCUGAGCCACACACAUCCAAGGAGCUUCGAACAUUACUCAGAAUGAUGGGAUGGUGCUGCCUAUGGAUUCCCAACUAUGAGUUAUUGGUAAAACUGCUUUACGUGUUGUUAAAAUCUUGUCCAAAGGACCUGACUUGGGACAGGGAGGCUAGAAGAGUGUUCCAACAACUAAAACAGGAACUCAUGAAAGCCCCAGCCUUGGGACUCCCAGAUGUCACCAAGCCCUUUUUGCUAUUCUCUUAUGAAAAAGAAGGAAUAGCCCUAGGGGUUCUGGCUCAGAACCUUGAGCCGUACCAGAGGGCGGUGGCCUAUUUCUCUAAACAGCCAGGCGAAGUAAGCAAAGGUUGGCCUGGAUGUCUGAGGGCUGUGGCUGCCCUAGUAAUUAACAUCCAAGAAGCAUGGAAGCUUACAAUGGGGCAAAAGGUAACUGUGCUAGUAUCCCACACAGUCUCCACAGUGUUAGAAGUGAAAGGGGGACACUGGCUCUCCACUCAGAGACUUCUAAAAUACCAAGCUAUUUUAGUGGAACAAGAUGAUGCGGAAAUAAUGGUAACUAACAUCAUUAACCCAGCCUCAUUUUUUAGUGGAGUCACAGGAGAACCUGUAUCCCACGAUUGUUUAGAGACUACUGAAGCUGUAUAUUCUAGUUGUGUGGACCUAAAGGAUGAGCCAUUGGAGGAUGCGGAAGACACCUGGUAUACAGACAGAAGCAGCUUUGUUCGACAAGGAAUCCAUAAGGCUGGGCAUGCAGUAACAACUGUUGAUGAGGUAAUAGAGGCCAAAGCUUUAUCUCUGGACUCCUCAGGACAGAAAGCUAAGAUAAUAGGCCUCACAAGAGCUUUAGAAUUGGCCAAAGGAAGGAGGAUAAACAUAUGGACUGAUUCGAAAUACGCUUUUACUCAUGGAGCAAUAUGGAAGGAGAGGGGACUAUUGUCAGCCCAAGGGAAAGGUAUCAAACAUGCUGAAGAAACACUUAAACUCCUGGAGGCAGUGCAGCAACCGGAGAAAGUAGCCAUUAUGCACUGCCGGUCCCACCAGAAGGGAAACAAUGCUGAAGAAAUGGGAAAUGCAUUGGCUGAUCAAGAAGAAAAACAAGCGGUGGAGAGGAAAGUAGUGGUGGGUUCUUUGAUUCCAGACGGUAAAGUCAGAUGGAUGGUGAGCCAAGGUAUUUGAAAGAGGAUUGGAA